AUGGCGUAUGUGCACGGCGGCAACUUCGCGCUGGCUGUCGGGACACCGGGCCAAAGGCCGUGGCUAGGGGAAGGAGCACCAGCGAACGGAACCCCCUUGGCUCACUUGUCCGCAGGUGUGGACGCGUCUCCGCCGCUUGCACUCGGACGGUUUAUCACUGAACAUUUCGAUACCGUCGUGGACAAGACGGAUGGAUCAAGCAUAGAUGUGCUUUCGUUGCCGGACUUGGAGGUGUACGGCGACGUCACCUUCGCCUUGAUCAGUUCACUGCAGUUUAGACGCCGCGGUGCUACUUCGGCCGCGGAUGAUGGUGUGCCCGUCGAGUCGCAAUUGGUUUGUGCAUUCAUCCUCGACCGAAUCAAGGGACGUCCUCAGGCCCAACGACAUCUCACGAUGGGUUGA